UCUGAGGUGUAGGCAGUCGGAGGUAUAGGUGGUGGGGGUUGGAAACUUUAGGUCCUCAGAGCCCCCCAUCGCGGCAGGGGUCGGCCCCACUCCUUGCAGGGCUCCAGAGUCCGCGCCCUGCGCCCGCCCUCUACUGCUCCUUAACCCGGCCAGCCUCCACCCAGUCCUAGGCCGAGAUCGAGUCCCGGAGUUCGUCCCUCGUUUGCCCCACAGUUGUCCACCCGUCUGGCGUCAGCCGUGGGUAUCGGCCCCCAAAAUCCUGAGCCAGCUCCUGAUGCAACCACCUCCCGUAUUUCAGGGUACCAGGGCAGGACUGGGUACUUGCCCCACCUGGCAUCAAGGAAACCAAGCAUGUGGCAUAAGGUUUCUAGUUCUAAUGAAGCCAACUACCCACAGUGACCGUCAUCUAACCUCUUUCCUUCCGUUGGCCUCUCUAUCUGAUCUGGCACUCCACUCUGUGAGUGAGCUCAGAGCUGCCCAGUUCUCCCCACUCUCUGCUGAAGCCAGUGCAGAAACAGACCAAACCAUCUUCUCCGCUGACAGCAGAUCUUGGGUGAAGUUUUGAGAAAGAAUUUGAGGCCAGAAAGAGAAGUGAGGAGAAUCAGAUCCCAGACCUUGGAGAAGAGAGAACAAUCCUCUAUCAUAGCCAGUCCAGUACAAAGAGCAGGUUAAGAGUCCUCCUAAGAUAAUAGCCCAGAACACACCUUGUUGCCUCAGCUUUCCAAGGAAUGUGGUCGUGAGGCGGAACACGCAGACUCUGCAGGAAGAGAGCUCUGGGGCCAUGGCCCAGGUCAGCAUUAACAGCGAGUACAACGAGUGGGACUGCAGCGCAGAUGCUGGGGAGCGGGCCCGUCUGCUACAGAGUCCCUGUGUGGACACAGCCCCCAAGAGUGAGGGGGAGGCCUCUACUGGGGGUCAAGACAGAGGCACUACUUCCACACUUGGGGCCGUCUUCAUUGUCGUCAAUGCCUGCCUGGGUGCAGGGCUGCUCAACUUCCCAGCAGCCUUCCGCACGGCCGGGGGUGUAGCUGCUGGUGUCUCACUGCAGAUGGGCAUGCUGGUUUUCAUCAUCAGCGGCCUUGUCAUCCUGGCCUACUGCUCCCAGGCCAGCAACGAGAGGACCUACCAGGAGGUGGUGUGGGCCGUGUGUGGCAAGCUGACAGGUGUGCUGUGUGAGGUGGCCAUCGCCGUCUACACCUUCGGCACCUGCAUCGCCUUCCUCAUCAUCAUUGGGGACCAGCAGGACAAGAUUAUAGCUGUGAUGGCAAAGGAGCCUGAGGGGACCAGCAGCGGCCCCUGGUAUACAGACCGCAAGUUCACCAUCAGCCUCACUGCCUUCCUCUUCAUCCUGCCCCUUUCCAUCCCCAGGGAGAUCGGCUUCCAGAAGUAUGCCAGCUUCCUGAGCGUUUUGGGCACCUGGUACGUCACUGCCAUCAUUAUCAUCAAAUACAUCUGGCCAGAUAAAAAGAUGACUCCAGGGGACAUCCUGACCAGGCCGGCUUCCUGGGUGGCCGUGUUCAAUGCCAUGCCUACUAUCUGCUUCGGAUUUCAGUGCCAUGUGAGCAGUGUGCCCGUCUUUAACAGCAUGCAGCGGCCUGAAGUGAAGACCUGGGGUGGGGUGGUGACAGCAGCCAUGGUCAUAGCCCUUGCUGUCUACAUGGGCACAGGCAUCUGUGGCUUCCUGACCUUUGGAGCAGCUGUGGAUCCCGACGUGCUCCUGUCCUACCCCUCAGAAGACAUGGCUGUGGCUGUUGCUCGAGCCUUCAUCAUCCUGAGCGUGCUCACCUCCUACCCCAUCCUACACUUCUGUGGGCGGGCGGUGGUCGAAGGCCUGUGGCUGCGCUACCAAGGGCUGCAGGUGGAGGAGGACGUGGGGCGGGAGCGGCGGCGGCGAGUGCUACAAACGCUGGUCUGGUUCCUGCUCACCCUGCUGCUGGCGCUUUUUAUCCCUGACAUCGGCAAGGUCAUCUCUGUCAUCGGAGGCCUGGCUGCCUGCUUCAUCUUCGUCUUCCCAGGGCUAUGCCUCAUUCAAGCCAAACUCUCUGAGAUGGAGGAAGUCAAACCAGCCAGCUGGUGGGCGCUGGUCAGUUACGGAGUCCUCUUGGUCACCCUGGGAGCCUUCAUCUUCGGCCAGACCACAGCCAACGCCAUCUUUGUGGAUCUCUUGGCGUAAACACUGCCUCCCAGGGGACACAUGGCCUUUCCCAUUAGGUCUAGGAGCCCAUGUCCUAGAGUUCUGUGGCCAUCCUAAAUCCAGCUGGUGGAAUGACAUCUGGACAACCUUUUCUAGAGACAGUUCUGGGACAGAAUCAGGCACCUGUGGACAGCUCAAAUUCCAGAUCUCUUCUGCCCCCCAGUCCUGACAGUGCCAGGAUGGUAGCAGGAGAUCUCACAUCCCCAAGGAAUCUUUUAUCUCUCCCCAACUCUGGACUUGUCCAUGCCUGGAACUCAUGGAUAAAGACUCAUUCUCAGAAGAAAGAGCCCCAUCCAACUUCUCUCCGAAGAAAGAUUGUGGGAAAGGAGUCCUUGUCCUGUAUGGGGGUUGUGCCGAUUACGCCAGGGCUCAGUGCCUGCUCCAGAUCAUCAGCACCCAUAGCCAGCAGUGGCUUCCUCUGAGAUCUGGCACUUUAUGAACGUAGCAUUGAUGUCAGACUAAUGCACAGAGGCAGGUUGAUCAGACCUUGUUUAUUCCCUCCCAGGCCCUCAGUGAGCCUGGAAGCCUCUUUCCCAUGGCUAAUCGACAUCUUCCAAGCUUUUAGCCUCCCCAGCCUCUCUCUUUCUCCAAGUCUGAUGAUCCAGGCUAAGCAUUCCUUUCCCCAGAUAAUCACCAAGUGUAAUGUUUACAAACGGUGCCAGCCCGGCUCCGAGCCUAGGGCCGUCCCGUGCAUGGUGCUGUGAGUAUUCUCCGUUAGCUUCCCCACAGGUUGAGGGCGGGGGGAGUCUGCUUUCUUCUCCCAGAGAAGCCCUUUACAGAGGCUCGCAGGUGGGUGAUGGAGAGAAUGAGAACCUCAGACCCUCUAUGGAGGCUGGCUGACUGGCCAGGAUCAGGGUGAACCUCUCUGACGUCUUCCUUUGCAGUGACUACUUGUCUUCUCCCUGCCACUCCUCUUCCCCACUCCCCAGCCAACCCCGGUGUGAUGCUCCAGAGAGAAAAAAAGGCAGCUGGGUUGUCACCGGUGGUACAACUUAGGCACCAGUCACGCUGACCUGGAAGUUUCCUUCUAAUUUGGAUCUUGUCUACCCUUCACCUCAUGCCUUCUUUAGUUGUCUGUAGCUCAGUCUCCCACUCAUAUAUGUGGAGUUGGGAUUGCCAAACUCCCUCAUCAGCUCCCUCAGCUCCACAUGUCCAUCAGGCCUGGCUUCAGCUGCCUGUUGGUCACCUUGAGGUUGCACCUAGAUUGUUGCCCCCGGCAGGGUAAGGAGGGACAUAGUUUUCUGCCUCCAUAUUCCUGAUGUGACCACCUUGGACCUUCUACAGUCCCCAGACUUUGGCCAAUCCCAGGCACCAAUGGGAAGCCUAUCCUUCUCCACCUGGAGCAUCAAGCAUUUCCUUGGUCUCUUCUGUCCAAAACCUCUACUGGGGGUGAGAAGGACCCUAACCCCCAGCAACCCACCCCUCUGGGCAGUCCUACCUAGAAGCAGAGACUGACUGGAGGCUACUCACUGGACAAACUGCCUUCUCACAUCCCCCUGGUCCCCAUCCCAAUCUGUCCUGAGCUGUGUCCCCUCGGCCUCCUGCAGUCUCUGGGCCUUGCUGGAGCCCAUCCUGGACAAGGCUAAGAGUGCAGCCUCUGGAGCUGUAUUUCAGGGAUGGGAGCGAGGGUGGUGUGUGAAGGGUGUCAUUGCAGGGCCAGUUGAUGAAAAGAUGAGGAAUCCAGCCUUUUGGCCUAAGCUCAGGAGCCGCCUCCCACCUUCUCCCCAGCCAGCUCCCUGUCAGGGUAUUUCACUGUUUCUUUUCUCUUGUGCACACUCAGAGAAGAAAGGAGGUGGUGAAUAAAAGGGACUUGGGCUGCUGA